CUGCUGUGUUUCGAAAAAGACUUCAGGGAAAUAUUUUGCGAAUAUUUAGAAAAGUAUUAAAUAAUUAUUAAAGAUUUUUAUAUAAAAACCACAUAAAAAGCAUGGAUCGUUUAUUACGUUUGGGCGGCGCUAUGCCACAAGCUCCACCACCAACUGAUGCUCCUGUAGUGGAUACCGCUGAACAGGUUUACAUCUCCUCUUUGGCUUUAUUGAAAAUGUUGAAGCAUGGUCGUGCUGGUGUACCUAUGGAAGUUAUGGGUCUUAUGUUGGGUGAAUUUGUAGAUGAUUACACGGUGCAAGUCAUUGAUGUGUUUGCCAUGCCUCAAACUGGUACCGGUGUUUCGGUAGAGGCAGUAGAUCCUGUGUUCCAAGCUAAAAUGUUGGAUAUGUUAAAACAGACUGGCCGGCCUGAAAUGGUGGUGGGUUGGUACCAUUCACAUCCUGGUUUCGGCUGUUGGUUGUCUGGCGUAGAUAUAAAUACACAACAGUCAUUCGAGGCUUUGUCCGAGAGAGCCGUAGCCGUGGUAGUAGAUCCCAUACAAUCGGUUAAGGGUAAAGUUGUUAUAGAUGCCUUCCGUUUAAUUAAUCCCAAUAUGUUGGUGUUGGGCCAGGAGCCACGACAAACCACCUCCAAUUUGGGCCAUUUACAAAAACCCUCUGUACAGGCUUUAAUACACGGUUUGAAUCGCCAUUAUUACUCGAUAAGCAUUAAUUAUCGUAAAAAUGAAUUGGAACAGAAAAUGUUGUUGAAUCUACACAAGAAAUCCUGGAAGGAUGGUCUCACUUUGGAGGAUUAUAAUGAACAUGGUGCGAUCAAUGAGAAUACAGUACAAGAAAUGUUGGAAUUGGCCAAGAAUUAUAAUAAGGCCUUGGAGGAUGAAGAGAAAAUGACCCCUGAACAGUUGGCCAUUAAAAAUGUGGGCAAACAGGAUCCUAAGCGUCAUUUGGAGGAGAAGGUUGAUAAGGUUAUGCAAAAUAACAUCGUUCAAUGUCUGGGUGCUAUGCUUGAUACUAUUGUUUUUAAAUAAGUUGUGCAUUUAUUUCCCAAAAAUUUAUUAAGGCCUCAAAGGCCUUGUUGAAUUUUGUAAAAUUUUUCUCUAUUUUUUUUUAAUUUUUUGUAAUAACAAUAACAAAAAUAUGAAACACACAAAAGAUUCAGCAUAUUUGUUCUUUAAUUUAAAUAAAACAAGAUACAAUUAUUUUAUAAAUCUAUCAAAAUUCAAUAAA